CUUUACCUCAAUAAAUCGCCAUUUCACCAAACUAAAUACCUAAAGAAUUGAGGACGUGUGUCGCAGGUUCGCUGCUCAGCCGAGGAAAUGACGCAAAGGGCAAAUCGCCAACAUGGCGCAGACAGAAGACUAUUAAUAAACAAAUAACUAAUAUCUACUUCCGCAAUUCUCCCAAGGACAACAUUCUCCCAGCUCCGCUCAAAUACACAACUUCCAAUACGGAGGAACUAUUAGUUUCUUUCCUAGCCUGAACUCGAUAUGCAUUGAUACCCAUGGGGACCGGCCGCUGAAUUAUACCCCUAAUGCUACUUUUUUGAAACGGAAAAUUCAACCCAAACCCCAUAGAGUUGGUCCGGGAAGAGACCUCCUAAACAAAUCACAUCUGUCGCCUGUACCAGUUCGCACACCCUCUCAUGGCUCUCCCUACAGACCCGCGUUUACUACGGAACUCACGAGUCGAUCCCUCACAGCUCACUCCCGCCGAGCGUGAGCGGCUCCUCAAACCCUACCUCCCAGAUCCAGCUGUUAUCCGUUCAGCACGCACCAGGAAUGGGAAGCAGAAGCAAAAGCAGAAGAAGAAACCCAUCCGAACAUUCCUCAAGUCGAAACUACAUUACCUUACCUACUUCCUAAUCCAUGUCUUUUUCAGCAUUUACAUCCGGUUCCGUCAAGCCUAUCAUGCCAUUAUUGAUCGGAUCCUGGCCAUCCUCUACUACCAUCACCGCACACCGGAGCUCAUACAGAAGGAUGUCCGUGGCCUGAGCCAAUUGCCGCAGCAUCUGAGCGUCGUCUUGAUGCUGGGGAACGACGAGGAUGCGUUGGAUGUGAUUAUGGACGAGGUGGCGGAGUUGGUGGCCUGGAGCUCGUGCGCUGGCAUUCCGAUGUUGAGUAUAUAUGAGAAGACAGGCAUCCUAAAAUCCUACAUCCCAACCCUCCACAAAAUAGUCAUAAGCAAGCUAUCAACGUACUACGGACCCCCCUCCCACCAACCAACCCUCCGCCUCUUCGCCCCGCACCACGCCAUCUACUCUCCAACCCUCUGCCCGCCGUCCUCAAAAGUAAACCCAGCCCUCCUCACCCUCCUCCUCCUCUCCGCCACAGACGGACGCGAAACCCUCGUCGACCUCACAAAAACCCUCACAGAAAUGGCCCAGCACGGCAAACUGUCCCCGCAAGACAUAAGUCCCAAACUCAUCGACGCAGAGCUCAGCGAGCUGACGUCCGCACCUACACCACCGCUAGCCGGCAUGCCGGGAGAUCCACACCUCGACGAGCGGAAUAGCGUCGCGUCCUCCACCGGUACGGGAACAGGGACCACCAGCACUACGGUGUCGGAUUCACCGCCGCUGUCGUCUGCGGAAACCGUAACGGCGGGCGGCGUAGAGAUGAAUGCGGCAACGGCGGCAUUGAUGAAAUCUGACCCGGAUUUGCUGAUGGUGUUUGGGCCGUUUGUGCGGCUGGACGGGUAUCCGCCGUGGCAGUUGCGGCUGACGGAGAUCUAUUGUACGGGAAAUAAGGGGGGAGUGAUUACCGGGGGUGGAGAGGCGGUUGAGUAUCAGAAGUUUCUGAAGGGUCUGUGGAGAUUUGCGAAGGCGGAGAUGAGAUUUGGGAGAUAGAUUGGGGCGGGGUGCCGGCAUUCCUAUACUUUUACUUUCACCAUUUUUUCCUUUUUGCGUCUACUUGUAUUUAUUAGUUUGUUUCCUCCUCUGGGAGUCAGUAUCAUUGCGUGGGCCCCACUUCAAUGCUGCAUUGUGGUAUAUACUCGUUUUAAGUCAUAUUAACUUCUGUGCUUUGUCUUGAGAGAUAUUGAAUGGUCAGACGGCCGGCUGCCUGGGAGAAUUUCCAUUUAUGGAUUUCUUAGUCUAUAGGGGUAGAAAUGAGCCCUGAUGCGGCGCUCUCCGGCUUUAAUACUAUAGGAAUUCUUAAGGGGUUCCUCUUAACCUCGCUUGUUUUGGGGUGCAAACCGUCAGGCUCAGGCUUUUUGUUUUUUGCCUGUAUAAAGGACAUUAUUUCUGACUGUUAAGUCAAUAGUAGCUAGAAGAGUAUAUAAAAUAACGGACACUAGCUAUAUAGUACACAUAACACACCGCACCUGAGUCCUCAUGCGCAAUAAAAAUGGAAUAUCCAGAACGACGUUCUAU